CCAAAAACGGAGACGAAUUAGCAACCCAACUACCUACGUGUUAGUAGCUCGGUGCCGCUCCGCUCUUCCCCGCCUAGACCUUUCUCUUCCAAUUUCUACUUUGCAUCUGUCUCUCAUUUUUAUCACAAUUGUUUGUUGAGCUCCCUCUGACACUUUCCUGUAGUACAUACUGCGCUCCAUAUUCUUCGCUUCUCACAUCCUAGAUCUUUUAUUGGUUAAUCAAAUUUUGAUUAGUAAAAUUUCAAUCAGUUCUACUCUAAAUACAUCAUGCCCGAAAUACACCCUCAGCCGACCCUGAAAGCAGUGACACUAACCCAUGUUAGAUACCAAAAGGGCGAUCAAUUAGGCCAUUUUCUGGCAUGGGUUUCAUUAAUCCCAGUCUUUAUCAGCUUAGGUGGCUUUGUCUCUCACUUCAUCUUUCGCCGGGAGCUGCAAGUGAUGUUCUUCGCUUUUGGCCUUCUGAUUUCCCAAUUCGUUAACGAGGUCAUCAAGACAUCCGUCCAGCAAGCCCGCCCCGAAACUUGUGCUCUCCUUGAGAUAUGCGAUUCUCAUGGCUGGCCCUCUAGCCACUCUCAAUACAUGUUCUUUUUUGCACUCUAUCUUACUUUGUUGACAUAUAAGAGAAUUGGGAUCUUGGGUAGAAACCAAAUGUCGGUUGUGCUUCUCCUGGUUUGGCCUUCGGCGAUCUUGACCAUGUAUUCGAGGGUGUAUUUGGGGUACCAUACUGUUGCCCAGGUCUUAGCUGGGGCUGCUUUGGGAACUUUCCUUGGUGGGCUGUGGUUUUGGGUGGUCAAUUCUGGCCUCCGAAGUUUCUUUCCGGUUAUUGAGGAGAGCGCUUUUGGGAGGUUCUUUUAUGUUAAAGAUACUUCGCAUAUACCCAAUGUGUUGAAAUUUGAGUACGAGAAUGCCAGGGCCGCCAGAAAGCAUGUUUCUUAUAAGCGAGCUGAUUGAUCAUUGACUGACCAAUUGGGUGAAGUGCUUCAUGCUUUUGAUAUAGGAUUUUACUUUUGCUGGACAAUGUGACACAGCACAGUAGCUAGUUCUUUGCUGUUAUUUUGUGCUCAAGGCUACUAUUUGGGGGCUCGCGAUUUAAGCAGAGCUGGACAAUGUCCUAUUUAAUACUUUUAGGGAAAAUAUUAGAGUAAUUUCAGAUAAUAUGUACUGUAAAAGACUUGCUGCAGGUGACAUGAAUGACUAAUUCUUAACUAGAUUUUCUUUUCCUUCCACCAGUUAAAAGUAUGGGCAAUCCAAGGGCAACU